CCACAACAGUGAUUUGAAUCGAUUCUGAAGUGGUCUCUUGUCUUGUACAGAAAACAAAACAUGAUGCUUUGCAGCAGGGAGACGUACUAAGGCUGGCUUGACCCGGCAUCUCGGUCUACCCAGGAUGCGUUCCACUCCAAGUGUAAAAUGGUCCAAAUCAGCGUUGGUCCGGAUCCACCUUUGCGCGCGCGGGUGACGCAGACGCUGCGCCGGAAGUGCGGCUGUCGGCUGCCAGACUUCGGUAUGGCGGCUGCGGGGGCUCGCUGGAACCAUGUGUGGAUCGGCACGGAGACUGGGAUCCUGAAAGGGGUGAACCUUCAACGCAAACAGGCGGCGAAUUUCACGGCGGCGGGACAACCGCGACGCGAGGAGGCGGUCAGCACCCUGUGCUGGGGCGCUGGAGGUGAGACACAGAUCCUGGUGGGCUGUGCCGACUGGACAGUGAGGCACUUCAGCACCGAGGAGGGCAGAUUUCAGGGCCAGAGGCACUGCCCCGGAGGGGAGGGCACGUUCCGAGGCCUUGCCCAGGUCGACGGCACCCUCAUCACAUGUGUGGAUUCUGGGAUUCUUCGAGUCUGGGGUGACAAUGACAAGGAGACAUCCUCCGGCCCACUCCUGGAACUGAGGGUGGGCCCUGGGGUGUGUAGGAUGCGCCAAGACCCAGUGCACCCCCACGUAGUUGCCACGGGUGGGAAAGAGAAUGCUUUGAAGGUGUGGGACCUGCAGGGGUCUGAGGAGCCUGUGUUCAGAGCCAAGAAUGUACGGAAUGACUGGCUUGACCUGCGAGUUCCCAUCUGGGACCAGGACAUACAGUUCCUCCCUGAGUCACAGAAGCUUGUCACCUGUACAGGGUACCAUCAGGUCCGUGUCUAUGAUCCAGCCUCCCCCCAGCGCCGGCCGGUUCUAGAGGCCACCUAUGGAGAGUACCCACUGACAGCCAUGACUCUCACUCCUGGGGGCAAUUCAGUGAUUGUGGGGAACACUCAUGGGCAGCUGGCAGAAAUUGACCUUCGGCAAGGGCGCCUACUGGGCUGUCUGAAGGGGCUAGCGGGCAGUGUCCGAGGGUUGCAAUGCCACCCUUCAAAGCCCCUCCUAGCCUCCUGUGGUUUGGACAGAAUCUUGAGGGUACACAGGAUCCGGAAUCCACGGGGCCUGGAGCAUAAGGCAGGGAUAACUGGGAGGAUGAGCCCCAAGAGCCUCAAGAUCCCAGUAAGGUGCCCCUAGAAGACACAGAGGCAGAUGAACUUUGGGCCUCUUUGGAGGCUGCUGCCAAACGGAAGCUCCCUGAUUUGGAACGGACCCCAGGAGCUCUCCAAACCAGAAAGAGAAACAAGAAGCGGCCUGGCUCCACCAGCCCCUGAAGAGC